UUUCUGCAAGCUACUGGAGAGCUGAUCAAGAUUUUAAGCUAAAGAUGGUGGUGAUGAGUUACCUGAGGGUUAUUCUUCAAGCCUCUCCAUGCAAGACACCAUGGAGAAGGUUCCAGAUUCCGAGGUCCACGCCUGCAAGGCCUUGCAGCCUCUACACCUGCACUUACAAAUCCCGGAACCGAGUCUUGCACCCCCUCUGGGAGAAAGUGGACCUGGCCCCGGCGGGUGAGCGCCAGUCGCCCAUCAACAUCCGGUGGAGGGACAGUGUCUACGAUCCUGGCUUACAGCCGCUCACCAUCUCUUAUGACCCGACCACCUGCCUCCACGUCUGGAAUAACGGGUACUCUUUCCUCGUGGAAUUUGAAGACUCUGCAGAUAAAUCAGUGAUCGAGGGAGGACCCCUGGAACACAACUACCGAUUAAAGCAGUUCCAUUUUCACUGGGGGGCCAUUGAUGCCUGGGGCUCUGAGCAUACCGUGGACAGCAAAUGUUAUCCGGCAGAGCUGCACUUGGUGCAUUGGAAUGCAGUCAAGUUUGAACACUUUGAGGAUGCAGCACUGGAAGAAAAUGGUUUGGCUGUGAUAGGAGUAUUUUUAAAGCUAGGCAAGCAUCACAAAGAGCUACAGAAACUGGUGAAUAUUUUGCCAUCAAUUAAGCACAAGGACACACUUGCAGAAUUUGGGUCAUUCGACCCUUCCUGUCUGAUGCCUACUUGCCCAGAUUACUGGACCUACUCGGGGUCCCUGACUACACCGCCACUCUCUGAGUCUGUCACUUGGAUCAUUAAGAAGCAGCCUGUAGAGGUUGAUCAUGAUCAGCUUGAGCAAUUUCGAACCCUGCUCUUCACUUCUGAGGGGGAGAAAGAGAAAAGAAUGGUGGACAACUUCCGCCCCCUUCAGCCCCUAAUGAACCGCACUGUCCGCUCAUCCUUCCGUCAUGACUAUGUGCUAAACAUACAGGCAAAACCCAAGCCUUCCACCAGCCAAGUGACUCCCUAA